CCAAUCUCAAAACCCGACCCGACUCGACUCCUGCCCAACACUACAUUGGUCAUUCGUUCUCUGCUUUCUCUCAAGCGCUAAGGCACGAGGAAAGCUAGCUAUCCCGGUCGGAGAUUAUCGUUAUCACCUUUAGGAUAUGAGUCAAUCCUUUUAAAUUACUAGGCAAAACUGUCUUUAAAUCAUGGGUGGAGGUGGCUAUGACUCCGGAAGUGCUUCUGACGAUGAUGAUGACGAGGAAUAUGAGGAAGUUGGUGGUAACCGAUUUUUGGGUUUUAUGUUUGGGAAUGUUGAUAAUUCUGGUGAUCUUGAUGCUGAUUACCUUGAUGAGGAUGCAAAGGAGCAUCUUGCCGCAUUAGCUGACAAGUUGGGUUCGUCACUAACAGAAAUUGAUUUGUCAGUGAAGUCACACCAAACAUCCACUGACGCUGCAGAACAAGAUUAUGAUGCAAAGGCUGAAGAUGCAGUUGAUUACGAAGACUUUGAUGAACAAUACGAGGGGCCUGAGAUUCAAGGUGUUAGUGAGGAGGACUACUUGUUGUCAAAAAAGAAUUAUAUUUUGUCUGAAUCCACAUUGCAGCCUCCUACAUCCGACAAUGAAGAUUAUGAUGAGGAUGUGGAAGAGGAACUUGAAAAGGAACCUGUGGUUUCGGAUAAAAUUCUUGAAUUUCAAACUGCCUCUCUAACAGGUCAGCAAGAUGUUGGAGUAGUUUCAGGAGUAGGAGUAGAGAAGUCUUCUCAGGAUGAUGUAGAACUUGGUUCCAUGGAUUCUGAAAGUUCUGAUGCUAAAUCGGAAGAUAUUCAUGAGGAGGAAGCUGAUCAUGUCAAGGGGCCUCUAGAUGGUAAAGGUCCCAGUCCACUUCCUAUUUUGUUUAUAGAAGAUGGGAUGGAGAUCUUAAAGUUUUCUGAAAUAUUUUCUAUCCAUGAACCUUUGAAGAAAGGACAAAAAAGAGAUCACAGAUAUUCCAUUUUCAAAGAGAAGUAUACAUCUAUGGAUGCUUCUGAUAUCGUUGAAGAGGAUGAAGAGGUGUUUUUAAAGGACUCUGGUCAACUGUUUCCAUCACAUUUGCUUGUAAAUCAACAUGACAUCUCAAUCUUGAGCGAAGAUGCUGCAGAAUUAGCAAGAUUUGGAACUGUUCAUGGAGCUAUUAAAACGUCUGUUCAAAUUGAGGAACAAAGAAAGAACUCUUAUCUUAGUGCUGAACCAAUGAACGAGGAAGUGGAAUGGAAGUCUCCAGUGCAUUCAAAAUUCUACCCCCUUGAUCAGCAAGACUGGGAAGAGAGAAUUCUUUGGGACAAUUCCCCAGCUAUCAGUGACAACUCUGUAGAGAGUUUUGAUCUCUCGGGACCUGACACUGGAUCUUCAUUUAUUAGGGAAAGUGAACAAGUGACUAGUCCACAAAAUCUUUGUUCGGAGCUCCCAGUGGAGUUAAAUGAGAACACCAGUAACUUUCUUCGGAACAGGUCUUCUGUUCUCUUGGAGUCCUUUGGCUCAGAAGACUCUUCAGAACCUGGAAAUCUUCCAUUCUCAGAAAGCAGAUGCCAUCCACAACUUCUGAGAUUGGAAUCUCAGAUGGAAGUGGAUAGCUCUAGUCAUGUUGAUGAUAGAAGAGAGAAUAAUAGUGCGGAGCUUCAUGAAAGUGAUGCUGUAAGGCGUUUCAGCAAGCUCACAUUGCAAAAUAGAGAUUUGAUGGAAGGAUCUUGGUUAGAUAAUAUAAUAUGGGAACCAAAUGAAACUAACAUAAAGCCUAAGCUGAUUCUUGAUCUUCAAGAUAAGCAGAUGCUCUUUGAAAUUUUGGAUCACAGGGAUAGUAAGCAUCUUCAACUUCACGCAGGGGCAAUGAUCAUAACUCGAACCCUAAAGCAAAGGGUUUCUCAUGAGCUACUAGGCCAUGGAAAUCGAUCUGGUUGGCAAUUCAACAUUGCUAAUGACAAGUUCUACAUGAACAGGAAAAUUUCUCAGCAAUUGCAAUCAAAUUCUAAUAAACGAACUGCAUAUGGCAUUAAAAUACAUCACUCUGCGCCUGCUAUAAAGCUUCAGACAAUGAAAUUGAAGUUGAGCAAUAAAGAUUUAGCUAAUUUUCAUCGACCAAAAGCUUUAUGGUAUCCCCAUGACCAUGAGGUGGCUGUCAAAGAACGAGGGAAGCUACCUACAGUAGGACCAAUGAAAAUUAUAUUAAAGAGCUUAGGGGGCAAAGGAAGUAAGGUACAUGUGGAUGCUGAGGAAACUGUCUCUUCUGUCAAAGCAAAAGCUUCAAAAAAGCUAGAUUUCAAGCCAUCAGAAACUGUGAAGAUAUUUUAUUUGAGGAAGGAGCUUGAAGACCACAUGUCUCUUGCUGCUCAAAAUGUUCAGCCAAACUCCUUGCUUCAUCUAGUUCGUACAAAAAUUCAUUUGUGGCCAAGGGCACAAAAGAUUCCAGGUGAAAACAAGUCUCUGCGCCCUCCAGGGGCAUUUAAGAAGAAAUCUGACCUUUCUGUAAAAGAUGGUCACAUUUUCCUAAUGGAGUAUUGUGAGGAAAGACCUUUGUUGUUAAGCAAUGUUGGUAUGGGUGCUAAUCUCCGUACUUACUAUCAGAAGUCAAGCCCAGGUGAUCAAACUGGCAUCUCAUUGCGCAAUGAAAAAAGAAGCUUGGGUAAUGUUGUGAUACUGGAGCAGACUGAUAAAUCCCCUUUCCUUGGAGACAUAAAAGCUGGCUGCAGUCAGUCAUCUCUUGAAACAAACAUGUAUAAAGCACCCAUAUUUCCCCACAAGGUGCCACCUACUGACUAUUUGUUGGUUCGUUCUGCAAAAGGAAAGCUUUGUUUAAGACGCAUUGACAGGGUUGCUGUCAUUGGACAACAGGAGCCCCUGAUGGAGGUUUUAGCUCCUGCUUCGAAGAAUCUUCAGGCAUAUAUCAUAAAUAGGUUAUUGCUGUAUCUUUAUCGUGAGCUCCGAGCUGCUGAAAAGCGUGGCACACCUCCUUGGAUACGUGCAGAUGAGCUAUCUGCUCUUUUUCCAAGCAUUCCAGAGACCAUCUUACGAAAGAAGCUCAAGGAGUGUGCUGUUUUACGGUUUGCCCAAUGUAUUGCUUUACAUGGAAUGUUCAACAUGCAGAAGGAUGCAAAUGGACACUUGUUUUGGGCCAAGAAGCGUGAUUUCAUCAUUCCAUCUGAAGAGGAAUUGAAAAAGAUGGUCUUACCAGAGAAUGUCUGUGCUUAUGAAAGCAUGCAAGCUGGUCUGUAUCGUCUUAAACAUUUGGGGAUUACGAAGCUAACGCUUCCUGCUAGUGUUUCGACUGCAAUGAGUCAGCUCCCUGACGAAGCGAUAGCUCUGGCUGCUGCAUCGCAUAUUGAGAGGGAACUGCAGAUAACUCCAUGGAGCCUGAGCAGUAAUUUUGUUGCUUGUACAAACCAGGAUAGGGCAAACAUUGAGCGUCUUGAAAUUACUGGUGUUGGUGAUCCUUCUGGCCGGGGCUUAGGAUUUAGCUAUGUUCGUGCUGCUCCAAAGGCACCAAUGUCAAAUGCAAUGAUGAAGAAAAAGGCAGGUGCUGGUCGAGGAGGUUCCACUGUUACGGGGACAGAUGCAGACUUACGUAGAUUGAGCAUGGAGGCUGCAAGAGAGGUGCUUCUGAAGUUCAAUGUACCUGACGAGCAGAUUGCAAAACAGACAAGGUGGCAUCGUAUUGCCAUGAUACGCAAGCUAUCAAGUGAACAAGCUUCAUGUGGGGUCAAGGUUGAUCCAACAACUAUCAGCAAGUAUGCACGUGGCCAACGAAUGUCCUUUCUUCAGCUGCAACAACAGACAAGAGAAAAGUGCCAAGAAAUUUGGGAUCGCCAAGUUCAAUCUCUUUCAGCAUUGGAUGGUGAUGAAAUUGAAAGUGAUUCUGAAGCAAAUAGUGAUCUGGAUUCCUUUGCCGGAGACCUAGAAAACUUGCUUGAUGCAGAGGAAUUUGAAGGGGACGAAAGUAAUUAUGAGUCUAAGCAUGACAAAGGAGAUUGUGUAAAGGGGAUAAAAAUGAGAAGACGCCCAUCACAAGCUCAGGCAGAAGAAGAAUUUGAAGAUGAAGCUGCUGAGGCUGCUGAACUAUGCAGAUUGCUUAUGGAUGAUGAUGAGGCUGGGCAGAAAAAGAAAAAGAAAAUAAAAACUGGUGGUCUUAAUGCAGUAUUGGCACCUAAAAAACCAAGUUUUGUUGACAAUGUUCACCGGGGUAAGAAAAUGAACAAAACCCAACCCAGUGGAUCAUAUACGCCUAAAGAGAACAGCAUCAGAGACUCAAAGGAGGUAGAAACACUGUUUAUGAAAGGGAAAGCAUCUGAGAAGGUGAAUACAGUGAAAAAGAACGUCGGCAUCUCUAACACGCCUCCAUUGAAAGCAAAAGUAAUAAUGGCAGAUGGACUUAAUCACAUUUUCAAGGAAAAGAAAUCAGCAAGAGAGAAAUUCGUAUGUGGAGCAUGUGGACAGCUAGGACACAUGAAGACCAAUAAAAACUGCCCUAAGUAUGGAAAGGAGCCUGAAACACCGGUAGAAACUACAGAUUUGGAAAAGGCUUCCCGAAAAUCCACUUCUCAGGAUCUCUUGAAUGUGUCCCAGCAUAAGUUGCAGAAGAAAAGGAUGGUCUCCAAAAGUGCAACCAAAGUUGAAGUUUCCGAGGGUGAGAAAUCUAGUUUAGCAAAAUCUCUUCCAGUGAAGUUCAAGUGUGGUUCCACGGAGAAAUUCUCUGAUAAACCUGCUGAUGGAGCUGCAGAUCAUUCCGAUCAACCUACAACUUCCGAUGUCCGACCAGUCAGUUCUGAUAUUGAUACUGGGAGUAGGUCUACUGCUAAGGUUAAUAAAAUCAAAAUUUUUAACAAGGCGAAACCUGAAAACAUACAGGUUGAAUCACAUAAGCCCUCUAUUGUGAUACGACCUCCAAUGGAUAUAGAGAGAAGCCAAAUUGAAUCACAUAAGCCCUCUAUUGUUAUACGACCGCCAACAUACAGAGACAGAAAUCAUGUUGAUCCUCAUAAACCCUCCAUUGUGAUACGUCCACCAGCUGAGAAAGAUAGAGAAAAGACUCAAAAGAAAAUUGUUAUCAAACAGUCCAAAGAGAUUAUUGAUCCGGACAGGGUCAGUCAGGAUGGAAGAACUGGUCGUGAGCAUCGGAAGACUAAAAAAAUUGCUGAACUAUCCAGUUUUGAGAAGCAUGGUAAAACCAUGCAUUUUUCCAGAGAGUCAGCUAAGAGAAAAGCCGAGGACAGAAGCUGGUGGGAAGAGGAGGAGAAGAGGAGAACUGCUGAGAGACUGAGAGAAGAGAGAGCAAGGAGGAUUUAUGCAGAAGAAAUGAGGUCACUUGAAGAACAGGAAAAAUUAGCUGACAUUAAAAGAUACACUGAAACCAUCAGAUGGGAUUGGGAUGAAGAAGAACGCCAAAAAGCUAAGAAGAAGAAGAAGAAGAUGAAGAUGAAAAAGCCCGAAAUCAGUGAUGAUUACUUGGAUGACUACAGGGGAGCUAGAAAUGGCAGAAGGAUGCCAGAAAGAGAUCGGGGUGCAAAAAGGCGACCUGUUGUUGAUGUGGGGACAUAUGGUGCUGAUUAUACCCCAGCAACAAAGCGUCGUAGAGUUGGAGAGGUUGGCUUGGCAAACAUCUUGGAAGGUAUUGUGGAUGCCCUUAAAGAUAGGGUAGAAGUGUCCUAUCUUUUCUUGAAACCUGUCCCCAAGAAGGAGGCUCCUGAUUACUUGGACAUCAUAAAACGCCCCAUGGAUCUUUCAACUAUUAGGGACAAGGCGAGGAAGAUGGAAUACAAGGAUCGAAAUGAGUUCAGACACGAUAUGUGGCAGAUUGCCUACAAUGCCCAUGUAUACAACGACGGGCGGAACCCUGGUAUUCCUCCUCUUGCAGACCAGCUUUUGGAACUUUGUGAUUACCUGUUGAUGGAGAAACAGGAGAGCUUAUCUGAAGCUGAAGCUGGUAUUUGAAUCAGGGUUCAUAAUCUCAUUAUUUAUAUAUUCAUAGCUGAAGCUGAAGCUGAUGGAGAAACAAAUGCCCCAUUGUUUUCUUAAUCUCAUUAUUUAUCCCAAAUCCCCAGGCGGCAAAAAGCAAUUUUUAAAUUUUUUUUUCUUUCCUGGGGUUUGGAGGAGGGUUAGUAACAAAGUAAGUUGAGCUUUGGGCAGAAGCCUGCAUGGCAAUUGUGCCCUUGUAAAAUAACGAGUCAUAUAUCUUGUAAAUUAUAUGUAUAUUUUGAAAUGCAGGAAUCAAAGACGUUGUGAAACAGAA